AUAUCAAAACAAGCAGGAAAUUAAAAAUGCUAAUUUUAUGCUAUCUGUAUUGGACGUAAACAGCAUUACAGAUUUUUUUCACCAAAUGGAUCACCUUAACGUUCUAAGUCAAUUGGGGGUAUAAAUUGAUCGACUUUCUAGACUAACUCUUAGACAACAAGUGGUAGCAAAAGGUGUAUGAUACUGGUGAAUGCUAUAUCGUACUAAAUUAGCGGUGCCUGUCAUAAAUCACGUAGGGGAUUGAUAAACCUUUGUGAAGAAAUGAUCGUAACAAUGCAGACGUUUAAACUGGCACUGCUAUUAUUCACCUUGUUGAAAGGUGAAGUACAAGCAGCUAAAAAAUUGAAGGAGAUUUUUGCAUGGAAUUACUUCGACUUUGCCUAUCCAACGGAUCAAGAUCGCUAUAACGCCAUGCUAAACGGAGAUUACAUCCCUGCCAACGGCCUUCCAGUCGGCAUUGAGAUUUGGAAUAACAAAAUGUUUGUGACUUUACCCAGAUGGAAGGAAGGGGUACCCUCCACGUUGAACUAUGUCGAUCUUGAUCGAUACGAUAGCAAGUCGCCCGCUUUAAUUCCCUUCCCCGAUUGGAAAUCAAACGAGGCGGGCAACUGUAACAAUGCAUUAACAAGUGUGGAUAGAGUAAAGGUGGAUCGCUGUGACAGAUUGUGGGUGCUUGAUACCGGAACUACGGGUAUUGGAGCUAACAUGAAAAACCCAUGCCCUUACGCUCUAAACGUCUUUGACCUGAAAACUAGUAAGCGUUUAAGACGAUAUCAACUUAGGCCGGAAGACACAAACCCAAACACCUUUAUUGCUAACAUUGAAGUGGACGUUGGGGCAAAAUGCGAGGAUGCUUUCGCUUACAUGAGUGAUGAGCUAGGCUACGGGCUGAUAGUGUACUCGUGGAAUCAAGACACUUCAUGGAGAUUUAAACACGGCUUCUUUUUCCCAGAUCCUUUAGCUGGAGAUUUCAACGUUGGUGGAAUCAACUUCCAAUGGGACGAUGAAGGUAUCUUCGGUAUGAUUCUAUCUCCCUUACAGCAAGAUGGGUAUAGGACGUUAUUCUUCGGCCCACUCGCUAGUAAUCGAGAAUUCGCGGUCUCUACACAAAUUCUGAAUAACGCCAGCAAAGUGGAUGACGGCUACCAUGAUUUUGUCGCUUUGGAAGAUCGGGGACCAAACUCACACGUGACCGCGCGAGCAAUGGAUGACACGGGGGUAAUGUUCUACAACUUGGUUGACAGAAACGCAGUGGGAUGCUGGAAUUCAGUGCUUCCGUACAAACCAGAAUACAUGGCGGUCGUCGAUUCAGAUCAUGAAGGUUUAAUUUUCCCAGUUGAUAUAAAAGUGGACAGAAAUAGGAACUUAUGGGUUAUGUCCGAUAGGAUGCCAAUUUUCUUAAUUAAAGGAAUAGAUGUAAAUGACGUUAAUUUCCGAAUUUACGUAGCUCCCGUAGAGAAUAUGAUUAAGAACACCGUCUGCGGUUUUUAUUAGUAUAUUUUUAUUGUAGUGAUAAUAGCGUAAUAUCAUUGUUUUUAAUUCGGUAUCAUCAACUUAAUUAUUGUCAUUCACAUACCUUAUUUUCAUACUUGAUUAAGCUCCACAAUGAAUUUUCUUAUUAAAUUCAUCACAUUCUGUUGAAUUACAAUUUUGCGUUGUUUGUUUAAUAAAAUAUUGAUCAAGAAAAUAUUGUACCUAUCUAUUGGAUGUGACUUUGCCAACCACUUACGGGACGUGUAAAAGUGGGAAUAAGAGUGUUUCUUAAUA